UCAAGGUACACUGAGGCUGCCUCUCCAUUAUCAUACACCAUCAAGAUGUCAUCCCUGAGUACAUCUGUGACAGACGCGAGCACAGAGGCCAUGUUAAACUUGACGGAGUCCAUGAAUGAGGAAGAUAAUUUCAAGUUCAAGGCUGCUGACUGGACCGUGUUCUGUCUGAUGUUGGUAGCCUCAGUUAGCAUUGGAGUAGUCAGCGCCCUGAGGGACAAACGGAAGGCCACCAUACAAGAGUAUCUACUGGGAGGGGGUAACAUGCCGCCCCUGGCGGUAGGGCUCUCACUCAUGGGAGGCUGGGUCUCAGCGAUCUCCAUCCUAGGUAACCCAACAGAAAUCUACCUUUACGGCACGCAACUCGCCACGUCUCUCAUCGGCUGCAUACCAGGAGCCAUCGUCGUCAACAAAUUUAUCCUCCCAAUUUUCUACAACCUAAAACUUGUGUCUGUGAACGAGUACCUGGAGCGGCGAUAUCGGAGCGUGGUUCUGCGAAAAGUUUGCACACUCAUCUCCCUCCUCAAUCAAUUUCUCUACAUGGGUAUGUGUUUGUAUGCACCUUCGCUCGCCCUCUCCACCGUCACCAGCCUCUCUACCUUCACCACCAUGGCAAUCAUGGGCGCCAUCGUCACCUUCUAUAUCACCAUUGGCGGCGUGAAGGCGGUGGUGUACACGGACGUGCUACAGACACUACUCAUGUUUGGGGGUGUGUUGGCGGUGGUGGUGAUGUGCUCUUAUGAAGUGGGCGGCGUCAAGGAGGUGUGGGCGAUAGCGGAACGCGGUGGCCGACUAGAGUUCUUCAACAUGGACCCGAGCCCCUACGUCCGCCACAGUCUCUUGUCCACUUUCUGCAUGGGCUUCUUCUUGGUCCUCAACACCAUUGGAGUCUCACAGUCAUCCUACCAACGCUUCGCUUCCGUCAAGACCCUGAAGACAGCUCGAGGACUCGUGUAUUUCUUCUUGAUUGCACUAUGGUGUCUGUGGUUCGUGUUUUUCUUCUCUGGACUGGUCGCCUACGCCAUUUACAGCACUUGUGACCCUCUCACCUCAGGGAAAAUUGCAAAGGCAGACCAGAUCAUUCCUUUCUUGGUCACUGACAAGUUGGGCCACGUCCCCGCCAUGGCUGGCAUCUUUGUGGCAGCUGUGUAUGGUGGGGUGCUCAGCACUCUCUCCACCUGCGGUAAUUCAACGGUCUGUAUGGUCUGGGAGGACUUCCUCAAGCCUCUGCCCUUCUUUCACGGUUUCAGUGAGUCGUCUGCCACUCGCGUCAUCAAGAUCCUCUCCUCCUUCACAGGUGUCAUUUCCGUGGCGCUCGGAGUCUUGAUGGCCAAUUUGGGCAAUAUCUUCCAUGUCAUCUUCAGCAUCAGUGGCGCACUCUCGGGACCCAUUCUUGGGGUUUUCUUGGCUGGCAUUUUAAUGCCCUGGGUUGGUGAUAAGAGCGCGAUCUCUGGACUACUGGUGUCCUUCAGUUUUAAUGUGUGGCUCGUGGUCGGCAAGUUCCUGAAUGGGGCAGGGGCUCAGACACGCUUGCCCCUCUUUGUUGAUGGCUGCGCCUCUCACCUUAACGGAACCCUGGAGGGUCUCACUUCUUCCACACUCGCCUCUACUACACUUGCCUCUACUACGGUCGAGCAGGUCGAAAAAAGCAUAUACGACAUCUCUUAUUGCUACAACAGUUUCAUGGGUGUCGCCAUUACUAUGAUGGUCAGCACCCUAGUGUCGCCAGUAAUUGGAGUAAAUCAGCCCGAGACAGAUGACAGGCUGGUCAAUCCGACUUGUGGCAGAGUGUACAGGGAGGCGUGGAAGAGAUACAUGAUAUGGAGGAAAGGAAAGAUGACCCAACGAAUCCAGGAAGAAGAGAAAAAUAAUGUAGAAAGUAUGACAAUGUUGUACGAAGUGAAGUCAGAUCCUGAUACAUCUGGGUAGCCCGUAAAGACUCCGGGAUAUAAUGACGGCGGGAGCAUCGCUAAACAGAUGAUCUCUCCGACAGUUCAGCGUUCCCGUGCUUGAGUGUAUCUCUCUUAUAGACAGAUGACAUAUGUAGGAAAUAUAUGAUUCUACUUUUUGUAAUGAAUACGUUGCAAAAA